AUGGACCUCUCAAAACUCACCAAAAAGACGCUCGACGUCUCGCGCGGCUUCUCAUACACGUAUUACACUGCUGCCGCCCAGGGCUCUAAGCCGACACUCGUCCUCUUUCACGGCUGGCCAGACUCGGCUCUUAUAUGGGCGGGCCUCAUUAACGACCAUCUCCUUCCCCUCGGCUACGGUGUUGUUGCUCUAGACAAUCUUGGAUUCGGCGAGUCUUCCAAGCCAACCGACCCGAAAGUAUAUGCAUGCGACGGUCUCGCAGCCGACGCUGUGGAGAUACUCGACGCAGAAGGCCUCGGAAAGGUGGUCUCGGUUGGCCAUGAUUGGGGCUCCAUGAUUGCCCAGCGGUUGUACAACUUCCACCCCGCACGCGUCUGCGGCCUCGUCACGCUCAAUGUUGCGUACGUUGCGCCCUCCGGCCACUUCGACCUCGACGAGGUCAACGCGCAGACUAAGAAGAUGUUCGGCUUCGGCAUCUAUGAGUACUGGCACUUCUUCACUGCCGACGACGCCGUGGAGAUCAUGAACCGCAACCUUGAGUCCGUCUACGCCGCCGUCUUUGGCGAACCUGAGACCUGGGUCGACACGUUCUGCAGCCCCGGCGGGGUGCGCCGGUUCGUCAGCGAGGGCCGCACGCAGCCGACGCAGCCGUACGCGACCGCCGAGCACAAGGCGGACUUCAUAGGGCGCUUCAGCAAGGCCGGCGACGGCGGGUUCGCCGCACCGAAUUGCUCGUAUAAAGCCAUGAGAGCAGGCGUGCAGGCCGAGGCGGACAGAAAAAUAGAUGAGGAGGCCAAGACGGUCAGAGUGCCGGUGCUGUACUGGGGAGGAACACGGGAUUUCGUUUGCAGGCCAGAGCUGUUGCAAUCGAGCAUCGACGCCGGGCUGCUGCCUGACGUGAAGAGUGUCACCAGGGACGGUGGGCACUGGGCCCUUCUCGAGAAGCCCGAUGAGUUUGGUCAGGAUGUGUUGAAGUGGUUGCAGGAGACUUUCGAAUAG